GGUGAAAAUGGAACAAGGAUACUUCAUUAGGGGUGAUGUUUUGGAAACGUACGGAAAAUGUGCGAGUUCCUUCCUCAUUGAAUUAUAAUUGAAAUCUACGCGAUGACACCAAAGACUGAUGAUUGUGACUGUCACCUGUUGAUUGAGUGAUUCUAUGGAUGGAACCUCAAAGAUCUUACACACAGGGUAUGGAAGGCAAGCUGAAGUACCUGUCCAUCUUAUCUUCUGGCAUGGAGGCAAUGCUUGCCAGCGGUCAGCACUCGGACGUGACAGUGGAGGUCGGAGAUCGACGCUUCCUGUGCCACAAAGUUGUCCUGGGUGCUGUCUCACCUUACUUUGAGGCGAUGUUUUCACAUGACAUGCGUGAGAACUUGGACAACCUAGUGACACUACACGACAUAGACCAGGACAUAUUCGACAGUGUCGUGCAGUACAUCUACACCGGUAAGAAUGUUGUGUGUGAACUUAACGUUGAAAAAGUUUUCCAAGCAGCAUCUCUGAUGCAAAUUCCAUGUUUACAAGAGCGCUGUGAAGAGUUCCUCCUGGCCCAAGCAUCAUAUGAAAAUUGUAUAGGAAUAUGGAAGAUUGCUAAAGCGCACAACAGGAUGAAACUAGCAGACAAAGUGUGGACGACCAUUUUAGAAAACUUUCCGGUAAUAUCUACAACAGAGGACUUUCCCAGUCUGGAGGCAGAUGAACUUGUCAGUAUCAUCAACAGUGAUGAUCUGAAUUCACCUAGUGAAGAGUUUGUGUGUGACGUGGCUAUGCAGUGGAUUGGCCAUAGCCAGGAAGUGAGACAGGAGAAGCUGCAUGAGAUUUUGGGGAGUCUGCAUCUCCCUUUGGUCUCCAGCGACUACCUGUUCAACCUCAUGGACAAAAAUCCCUACAUCAAGACCGAUCCCAGGUGUAUGCGAUCCCUGUUGGAGGCACUCAAAUACCACUCCUGUUCCUCUCGUCGCCAAGACUUCACAUCAUCCCAGGCAUGCUGUCGACAAAACGGGACAAAGGAUGACGUGUUAGUGGUGAUAGGAGGACUCCUGUCAACAACACCACGCUACCAAACCACCAAGGAAGUUCUGUGCUUCAGUUUUCAACAGCACCGAUGGUUCUAUCUCCCCUCGCUCCCAUAUGACCCUGGUUAUGAGUUUGCUACCUGUACUCAUGGAGACAGCUUAUUUAUAUCUGGGGGAUGGCUAAAACUCCAGGGAAUGGCAGAGUACAAGACUCACAAGAAUCAAUGGGAAGUGUGUGCAUCGCUCAUUAAUGGGCGCUGCGGCCAUGUCAUGGUGGCAGUCCAGGAUUCCAUCUUUGUUAUUGGGGGUCGUGAUGGACGCGCUCCAGCAAUAACAAGUAUUGAAGAGUUCAGUCUUAAGACAGAGAAGUGGACCAAUGCUGGUGAUUUAGUCCUGGGUGUUAGGUCCACCUCUGCCUCAGUCAUAGGGGAGAAGGUCUUUGUAUUUGGUGGCAUCACAGAGUCAGACAAGGAUUCCAACUCUGUCCAAUGCUUUGACUCCCGGAUGCGGACAUGUACCAUUAUUGGUGACUUGCCCUUUACUUGUAGGCUAACUCGGACUGUAUCCUUGGAUACAAAUGUCUAUGUAUUAGCACCGGAUGGACGAGUGCUCCAGUUCAAGGACCCAACACACCUGAAUAAUCUCUUUCAAGCAUCGUCACCCCGUGGCCGACUGGACUCCUCCAACUCAGAUGCAAGUAUUUCUGACUCAGAACCAAGCUCUCCUGGUAGCUCCCCUGAUAUCUCUGUCCAGACUCUUGGCAAACUCAGGUGUCGACUUCCAAACUUCAGCCAACAUCACUUUGAAGUCAUUCAGUACAGAGGCAAGAUCCUUCUAGUAGGCGGUAAGACGCCAGACAACAACAUCCUGAAGAAGGUCAAGGUGAUCGACCUGAGCAAGAAAACUCUGGAGAUUGAGGCCAUGGAAAAUCUGGAGAUGCCAUCAGCUCGCUGGUGUUUCGGGUGUGUGAAGACUGUGAUUCGUCGUGAUUAUCUCAACAAUGAGAUAUGUGUUUAGUUAUGUGCCACACUCGCCCCAGCAGCAUGCUUCAUUGUUUGGGACGAGGAUGUUUGUUCUUGUCUUUUUGUUCAAUUGUUAUGGUUCUCUGUAUAAACCCUACGUGUAUCUUCGUUUCAUUCAUGUGAAUGAGACUGCAGUGCAAUGAGAACUUAAUAUUAAGCAAUGAAGUUGUCAAUAUUUAAUAAAGUCUUAUUUAUUCUCUAGUAAUGUUCUAAUCAAUGCAUGAAACUUAUCUGGUCAUAUUUAAGAUUCUAUUUAUCAUAACUUAAAUGCUUUAUGUCAAUCUUUAACAGUUCAAAAUGUAAUUUUUCAUGUAAAUUUUUAACUCAUAAAUGCAGGGUAAUUGCACUGCCACAAUGCAUAUAUAUGUCACCCCUGUUUUCUCUGUGGUUACUUGAGAAUCUCAUCAAGUUGUUCAAUGUCUUGUGAGUUUCUAAGUAUACAUCAUUACAUGUAAUGUUGUAUAAUAAUAAAAAUGUUAAUGUAUAGGCUAAAUUUGCUGACUGUGGACAGAAAUUAUUGUUUGUAUUGUCUAACGUAAGCAUAAUUUAUUACCAUAGUAAUAAUAAGACUUAAUUUUGUAUGAAACUGGAGCUCUAAAAACACUAUACUUGUAUCAGGAUUUUGCUGUAAUGUUCACUUAUAAAUUGUAUUAAACCAUCUGAUGAUAUAGGAUGCAUUUUAGCUGAAGACCAAUGAUCAUUCGACAGAGCUUAAAGAAAUUAGGGAUAAUGACAGAUAGUUAUUGUCAUAAUUAUUUAAAUUAACAUUAUUGUGUUACAAGCUGGUAUACAUUUAUCCUAUAUAAGCUAGCUAGUCUAUAAAGCUGUGAUGUCAUCGCAUUAGUGUAAUAACCAUGAAUGGUGAUAAUAUAUAGAAAGCAUAUAUUUUAUAUAUGUCAUAUAUGGAAACAAAAUUAUGUCAGUUCUUCAAGUUUGUUUCAUGAUUAUCCAUAUUGUAAGUUUUUGUGUUGUCAACUUCAAAAUUUUCUGAAAUAGGUGCUGUUAGAUUUAUAAUUAAUUGUUAAGUCAGAUCUACAAUGAUACUGUUAUAGACACAAUACCCCCUGUAAUAUAUAUAUAAAUUGCUCUAGACACCAGCUGGUGUGGGAUUAUCUGACAGGUACAAGAGGCUAUGUAAAGUUAUAUUAUCUGACAAGCAGGAGGACUGCAAGUCUAGUGAUAGGACAUGUACACCGGGCUCGUGACCGAAGGGUUCGGGUUCGAGUCACAGCUCGGCAUUGUGUUGUAUCUUUGAGCAGG